UCAUCAGAGACCGGGAAUGUUAUUGACAUCCAUGCGCCUGUGGAUGGCUGGGUUGGUACUUCCAAUGAUCGAGGAAGUAUUGAAAUUCUCUGGGACUGUUGCUUCACUGUUCUUCUCUGUUGCUGGGUUGCUACACAUCCCAAUGCCUCAUCUCCUUCGGACAGGGGGUAUCAUCACUUUAUCGAUAAAUUUCACCUGGCUAUGCUAGGUCUGCUGGGACCCGACUUUCUUUUCUUGACUGCAGUGGGGCAGUUGUCAAAUGCACGGAGGAGUGUAAAAUUAUUCAAUCGCGAUGCGGAGAUGUGUAACAGGGUUACCUGGACGUACCGGCAUGCUUUCUACGUUGAUAUGGGCGGCUUAUUUCUGAGAAGCCCAGACUUCCAAGAGGGGUUCCCAAUCACUGCCGAAGAGCUUUAUUAUCUUGUAAAACAUGGGCACGUAGACUUCCCGGACAUGGAAUCUAUGAAAGUGGCCAAGAUCGACACCGCAGACACCCUGUCCAGAGUUCUCACUGUUCUCCAAGUCAUAUGGUUCGGUGUUGGUCAGAUCUCACGGAUACACAAGGGGCUUCCAAUGACCACCUUGGAACUCACAGCACUAUCGUUCGUCUCGGUUACAAUCUUCACUUCGGUAUGCUGGUACUGGAAACCCUCCGUCAGCCAGCCAAAGUACAUAGAUACCAAGAACGGAAAGUUAGUCAAAGAGAUCCGUGCCAAAGCCAGGUCAGAGACGCACCCUAACCUCCCCGUCGACGACAACGACUGGUACAGAACUCCUAUUCAUUUCGUGAGCGGGAACCCUUGGCUGUUCGGUGCUCACAUCGCGUACUAUUAUCGUUUCUUGUAUCUGAUGCGUUUGAAAUUACUCUCCCGUCGUAUGAAGAAGCGACUAUGGGAUCGAGUUCCGCCAGAUAUUUGGUUUCCUGCGCACCCAAUUUUCUUGCCACUCGUCUUUUUGGUUCUCGGCUUUUUUGGCGCGUCAUUUCUCCUAGCCUGGAAUUUUUACUUCCCAACUCGUUCAGAGCAACUUUCUUGGAGAAUCUUUGCCUCAUAUCACGCUUUCUUCAUCUUACAAGGCGGGUUGUACUACAUGGUCGAUGUCUACAAGUGGCAUCAGCGUCAUAACGCCAAGUACGCAACCUCCUCACAACAACCCAAUGAUCAUGAGCUAUCGGCGCUUCCAACCACCCGCAAUGAUCUGGAAACAGCUGUCCCACAAACGCCGCCAAGAUUGAAACAGCGCAUAUACAAUAGGCUGCACCGCUGGGCGACGGCGUGGAGAAAUUUGUCGGUUGAAGAUGACCCAGAUAUGGCGAUACCACUACGUGUUAGUGUGCCAAUGUCUGUGCUUCUCUUUUUGUAUGUCGCUGGCCGCUUUUUUGUGUACAUCGAAGAUUUCUAUUCUCUUCGCCGACAGCCGUCCGGCGUUUAUCUGACGGUCAAUCGGUUCAUGCCAUUUUCUGGAUGA